CUCUGGCCGCUCGAUAUACCCACCCCUUGUGUUCUACGCACACACCUGGAUCGUUUUUCGGGACAAAGUGUUGUAUUUUGUGCACGAGUGCGGGGAGAGCCGGACCAGCCGAACGCACCCCGGGGCCUUCACUCCCCGACAACUGAAGCAGCAACUGCUGCCAUGGCCGGUGAGAUGGCCAGCGAAACCCGAUACAGGACGACGCUACCGGCGACAGGUCACUCGGAGGUCAAUCUAUGCUCGGUACUGUCCCUGGGCAAGGACCUCAGCAAAAUCACAAUGCCGGUCAUGUUCAACGAGCCGCUAUCUUUUCUCCAACGAGUCGCGGAAUACAUGGAAUACGCCAAGUUACUCAAACAGGCGGCCCUAGAAACCAGUCCACUUGCGCGGCUGCAGAGGGUAUCUGCGUUCGCGGUAAGUGCAAUGGCCUCGAAUUAUGAUCGCCUCGGAAAGCCUUUCAAUCCAUUGCUCGGCGAAACCUACGAACUGCAACGCGACGACUUCCGCAUAAUAUGCGAACAGGUGUCGCAUCACCCGCCAGUUUCGGCGUUUCACGCGGACAGCGACGACUUCAUCUUCCACGGCAGCAUACAGCCCAAGCUCAAGUUCUGGGGCAAAUCCAUCGAAGUCCACCCCAAGGGAGUGGUCACGGUCGAGCUCCCAAAGUGGAACGAGGCGUACACUUGGCAGAACGUCAAUUGCAUCCUGCACAACGUGCUCGUCGGCCAGAUCUGGAUGGAGCAGCUGGGCGUGCUCGAGAUCAAGCAACACGGCGGCGCCAAUUUGAAGGCCGAGCUGUCCUUCAAGAGCGCCGGCUGCCACAGCAAGGACCUCCACAGGGUCGAGGGCUUCCUCGUGGAUCAGGAUCGCAAGAGACUAGCCUACUUGUACGGCAAGUGGACGGAGAGUUUGCGCGCGUGCGAGGCCGCGUUGUACGAGGACGCGGUCGAGCGGAUAAAACGGGAGAGGAGCCCGCAAAACAGCCCGGGACAUAAAAAGGUCCUGGCGAGGUUGUCCAGUUUGAAGGUGGGGGCGUUCAAGCCGCUGCAUCAAGACGCGAUAGACGAGUCCGACCUGCCGAGUGACGUGGACGGGGUCACCGUCGACGAGAUACCCGGGUCCACCUUGCUCUGGGAGGUUACACCGAGACCGCCCAACAGCGCGGAUUACUAUCAGUUCACCACGUUUGCCAUGUCGCUGAACGAACUGGAGCCGGAACUGAAGGAGCACAUAUGCCCGACGGACUCGAGACUGAGGCCGGACAUACGGAAACUGGAGAGCGGGGAUCAGGACGGCGCGGCCAGCGAGAAGUCCAGGCUCGAGGAGAAGCAGAGGGUCAGUCGGAAAUCGUCCAAGCACAAGAAGAACCCUCCCAAUGAAUCGGUUCCCAGGUGGUUCCUGAAGGGCACGAACAACCACACGGGGCUCGAGGAUUGGCUUUACCAGGGCGGCUACUGGGACAGAAACUACGCGGACGUGGAGGACAUAUUUUAAUAGAGGAUUUGGGGAUCGAGCGAUCGAUUGAUUCUUGUCGAAGCGAGUUGGGGUGAAACUUUGGCUUACGCGCCGAUCAGGCACGGAGAUCUCGGCGUAAGACGAAAAAAAAAAAAAAAAAAAAAAAA